UUCACUCCUGUCCCUGUGAAGAGGGAAGAUGAUGAAGAGGAAGGGCUUGACCAGAGACGGACUGAACACAUGGAAACAGAAGCUGAUGGAGAGGAAGCAGCCAGGAACUCCCAGCCACAUCCACUGUUGCCCCCAGAGACCGGAGACAGCGUGGAUAGUGACUUCUGGAAGGAGAGCAGAGAACGUCUGUCAGCUGUGAGCUCUCUGGAAGAUGAUGGUUGGAACACUGACAGGACACCGUUCAGCUGCUGCGAGUGUGGGAAAAGAUUUGGCAAGUUUUGGAAUCUGAAGAGACACGUGAGAAGAAUCCACUCUGGAGAAAACUCCUCCGUGUCCCAGCCGGGAGAAAGAACAGCGAUUAAAGAAGACGAGCCGGAGCCCCCCCCACACAUUAAAGAGGAAGAGGAGGAACUGUUCCCAUUCACCCCUGUCCCCGUGAAGAGUAGAGAUGAUGAAGAGAAAGGGCUUCCUCAGAGACAAACUGAACACACGGAAACAGAGACUGAAGACAGCGUUGACAGUGACUUCUGGAAGGAGACCAGAGAGCCUCAGUCAAGUUCAAACUCUCUGAAACACGAGCAAGUUCCCGUCAGUGAAGAGAGGCGUAAAACGGACAAGAAGUCUUUAUUCUGCUCCGAGUGUGGGAAGAGAUUCGGCGCCGUCGGAGAUCUGAACCGACACGUGAGAACCCACACGGGAGAGAAACCGUUCAGCUGCUCCGUCUGCUGCAGGAGGUUUCUGACCAGCACACAUCUGAAGACGCACAUGCGGACUCACACAGGAGAGAAACCCUACAGCUGCGCGUUCUGCGAUAAAAGAUUCGGACACUCGGGGAAUCUGACGGAGCACAUGAACAUGCACACGGGAGAGAAACGCUUCAGCUGCAGCCUCUGUGACAAGACAUUCACCUGGCGGCAGCAGGUCAAAAAACACAAAUGUGUUCAGUCGUCACAGCUUCAUCGGAGACCGAGUGAAGACAAGACGGCAGACUGUUAAAGGGUAACUUUGUUAUUGCUAUGUUUCUGCGUCUUAAGAUGCACCAACCCGUCGGCCGACCUUCG